AUGGCACCUUCGUAUGACUUCAUCAUCGUCGGGGGCGGUACAGCUGGCCUGGUCGUUGCGUCUCGUCUCUCUGAAGAUCCAGCCAAGUCUGUUCUUGUGCUUGAAGCCGGAAGUGACCUGUCAGAUGACGCCCGCGUGAACAUUCCCAUAUUCUAUGCCGCACUGCUCGGAUCUGAAGCUGACUGGAACUUCCAUACUACUCCUCAAUCAGGUCUCGGUGGUAGGGUGAUUGGCCUCAACCAAGGAAAGGCCGUCGGAGGCUCCAGUGCCAUCAAUGCCAAUGUCUUCGUCCCGCCCGCCAGCGAUGUUAUCAAUGCAUGGGAGACCCUCGGUAACCCUGGCUGGGAGUGGGAUUCUUUCAACUUCUACUUUUCCAAAGCGUACAGCAGCCCUGAAGUCACGGAUGAUGCCAAAAAGGCCCUCGCGAUUGAUGUCUGGCCUUCUCUGAACAGUGCUGAAGGUCCAAUCAAGACCUCUUUUGGUAACAACAAUCAUUCCAUCCGCGCGGCAUGGGCUGAGACAUUCCGCGAGCAUGGCCGCCUGAUGCCCAACGAUCCUUUUAUCCACAAUUCUGUUGGCGCGUUCAGUUGCCUCGCGAGUAUCGACUCAAAGGGCGUACGAAGCUAUGCUGGCUCGGCUUAUUUUCAACCAGCCAAGCAGAGGGAGAAUCUCAAAAUUCUCACCAACGCACAAGUGGAGAAGAUUAUAUUCGAUUCUUCGCAAGGCUCUCCAAAGGCCGUGGGGGUGCAAUACAGCCAGGACAAUGCUACUAAGGUCGCCACAGCUAACAAGGAGGUUAUCCUUGCUGCCGGGGCCGUCCAGUCUCCCAAAUUACUCGAAUUGUCCGGCAUUGGAAAUGCGGAUGUCCUUCGCAAGGUCGGCAUCGAUGUCGUGGCGGACCUCCCCGGGGUUGGAGAGAACCUCCAGGACCACUUGAUCUCCUACACCGCCUUCCACGCCGCCGACGAUAUCGAGACCAAAGAUGCCCUUGUAAGGCAGGAGCCGGAAGCGAUAGCGCAGGCUAUGCAGGAGUACAUCGCCACACAGGAUGGACCGCUGGCCUCCCUAGGGGUGCACACUUAUGCAUAUUUGCCUCUUCCUGCUCAGGACCAAGAGGCGCUCAAGGCAGAACUGGACCAGCAAGAGAUCCCUGAAGACCCAAGGUCACAAGCCUACUAUGAACUUGCUAAGGAUACUCUUCUUGAUCCCAACCAGCCAUCGGCUGCAUUUAUGACCGCCAUUGGGCAGACGAACUACCCCAAGGAUCUCAACAAUGCGUCGGCAACUUCAGAACCAUCGCCCGGAAAAUUUAUCACCUUUGGAGCAAUGCUUUCUGCACCUUUGUCUCGUGGAAGCGUCCAUAUUGCUUCUUCGAAAGUCCAAGAACCCCCUGUCGUGGACCCAGGUUAUCUUACAAACCCUCUAGACUUGGAGGUCAUCGCACGACAUCUGCUCCGCAUCAAACCCCUUGCCUCAUCAACACCCUUCCAGAAGCUCCUCAAACAGCCCCUUGCAUUCCGCUUCCCAUCCGAAGACUUCAACGGGGACCUUCAGGCCGCCAAGGAGUAUGCGCGCGCGAAUCUUGGUUCGAUGUGGCACCUUGCUGGGACCAAUUCGAUGCUGCCCCGCGAGAAGGGUGGGGUGGUGGACUCGAGACUCAAGGUCUACGGGGUGGAAGGCUUGAGAGUCGUCGACGCGAGUGCGAUCCCAUUGGUCAGCACUGCGAACCUCCAGGCUACUGUGUAUGCGUUCGCGGAGAAGGCGGCGGAUCUGAUUGUGGGUGAUUGGAAGAAAGAGUAAUUUGCAUUGGAACAAUUUUGGUCACCUGGUGCUGAACUCAUGCGUUCAAGGCUUUUUCUCGGGACAGGCAG